UUCCCCACAUUCAAAGAUAUAUGUGUAUAAUCACACUUAAUAAAAUGUUUCUAUUCACCACAGCAAGCUCAGAAAGCUGAUGUGGCCUGGCUGAAAUUUCCAGAACAACUCCGACACAUUGAAACUGCUGCUAGAAUAAAUAAAUGUGACAUUGAAAGUGAAUUUGAAGACAGAUGAAGAAAAUAAAAGAUGCCAAGGAUGACACCGCAAAGCAUGAAGAUUUGAAAGCACAGAUGAAGGAUUUUCUGAAGGAGGCAGAGGUCUGCCUGGCAGAAAUAGAGACUGAUCUUCAGGAACUGCAGUCAGUGAGUGACUCUGUAGCAGAGUACUUCUGUGAGGACCCCAGCAAAUUUAAACUGGAGGAGUGUUGCUCAAUUUUUAACUCCUUUUGCGAAAAAUUUAUGCGAGCCAUGCAGGAAAACAAGGCUGGAGAAAUGGGGGAGGUGAAGCGAAGAGACACCAAGAACGACUGCAGAAUGCUGCCAAGCGCAGGUCCACGGCCACCUGCUCCAGCAGAGACAAAGAAUGGAAGGGGUUGCACUCGAGUCCAUUCUGCAGAGGUUCCUCACCAAUCGUGUCUCCAGAAGAAGAUUGGGACAGACAUCCUCCACUCAUGGGAGUCCCACAAGUGGCAGUCCCCACUAGUGGCAGCCUAAAAGAAAUUACCUCACAGGCAAACAUCCCCGCUGGAAGUCAAACAAAGAAGCAUCACCGAAGGCAACGGAUUUGUGCCGAAAAGAGUGGAAUUCAGCAGUGGAACUGACAUCUUUGCGUUGAAGAAAUCCAGUCUAAUAGCGAGGGCAAUAAGGCAACAGAUCGGACUCUAACUGGAGAGGAUGUUAAAAAGGAAGACAGUGAUGGAGUUUCACAACCAGGCGGUUAGGACCACCAGCACUUCAUCUUCUGGCAGACCUUUCUCUGUGACAAUUGGAGAUGGGUGUGAUGAGCUGGAGGACAACAGUGAAGAGGAGGCCCAAAGGUUGCGGGAAGCAUCGGAAAAAAAGUUUUGCCGCUUUCAGAACAGCCGAGCAGUGUCUCUUCAGGUGGAUUCCUGUGGGGAAAUCAGAACUCUGCUACAAGUCGCACGUUGUCCCGUCAGCACACCUUCAAUGACGAGAUAGAAACUAAUCCCAAAGAUCCAACUGAUGAGGAGGUGGUUAAAUUUUUUCACAUGCCUGAGAUCGCCACAAAACAAAUCCUCAGCCGACGCCACACUGUCAGUCUCCCUAAUACAGCUCCUGCGAGUGAGAAGGAUGAGGAUAAUGUGUGGGCGCUGACUUCGAGGAGAACUCCGAAACAUACAGCCGUGUGAAGCAUCAGAGACUGCAGGACUUUAUUCUGCUAAACAACAAGUGUUUGAUUGUGCGAAUGGUCUGAUCAUAAACACUCUGAUUCCCCAUCAGCAGAAAAGAAAGCAAGCCAAAUGUUUUCUUUAGCCAGUGUUCCUGGUGAACAAGAUGGGGAGCAAAACCAAGACGGCACCCCAAAAAGAAACGAAACCCAAUGGACUGUCGCAGAAGCAGCCAAACUAUUCCCCCAAGAGUCCAUGGGGCCAGAAUGAAUCCCAUGGAUUUUUUGGCUUUUAAAACGGCUUGGGGAUAUGAGCAAACUGCCUAACAGUUAGAGAGAUUACAAUUUUUCUUUUUAUAACCUGGGUCAUAUUAACAUCCAGCUGCAGCAGAUACACGGUUCCUUUAAGGAAGUGGCAACCAACAUUUGUCAGCCUGAGUGGUUGCCAUCACAGGACUGGAGAGGUUCUGUGGUGAUGCAGUGAAGCACGACAUGCCCAUGCUCCCAGGUCUUGACCUGAGUCAUAUUAAAUAAUUUUUCAUCAUCCACAUCUAACUGAACUGACUUUUCACAAUUGCCUCAUUUGUGAGAAAUUUCUUUUUGAAAAAAAAAAGAUCUUAGAAAGGAAAUGAAUAAGAGUCAAUAUGCAUCAGUCUGAGAGUUAAAAAGCCAC